UGAAACUUCGGGCCCAGGCGUCAGGGCCCGUCGCGCCGUCGUCCCCACUCUGGCAUCUCCUGCCGCGUCCCAAGCCGCGAUCCGAGAGCCAUGGAACCCAGCAUCCGCUCGCCGUCCCCGCUCUUAGUGCGAGUACCCGAGUGCGAGCUCGUACCCCGGCUUCGGCUUCGCUGGAAGCUGGAGAGGUACUUCCAGAGCCGGCAGUCCGGUGGCGGGGAGUGCAACGUCCAGCCCUUGGCCGCGGACACUUUCCUGGUGAAGUUCAGAGAAAGGGCAGCCAAGGAGAGAGUGUCGAAAAGAAGAGAGCACCAAAUUCAGACUGACAGCAAACUUGUGACCGUUUUCCUGGAAACCACUCAGGACCCGACAGAGAAGAACCCGGGAUCCAGCAUUUUUUCACUGCCCCAGUCACAAGCUGAGGCCCGGUCUGAUGCAAAGCCUUCCCGUGAAGGAUCCGCUCCCAGUGCGGUGGAUCCCUGCAUCCAAAAGAUCUUUCUCGCUGUAACAGCUGACCUGAACUGUGACCUGUUCUCCAAAGAGCAGAGAUCACAGGUAGCCACAGUCUGCCCCAAUAUCAAAACGAUGCAGGGUCACAAUGGAAUUGAGAGUGUGUGUGGUGACUUCAAAGAUAUUGAAAAAAUAUACCACUUCUUGAGUAGGCAGCUCCUGGGAAAUGAGCAGAAACAGGAGUCUUUGCCUUCCACCACAGAGAGGAAGCUCCCUGACCAGCAUGAGUGGAGCAGAUUUUCUCCCUCUGAACCCAAAGCCAGCUCAGAAGAAAAAGGAAACCAUUUUGAAGUUCCCUUGUGUUUGUUUGAAUACUUUGAAUAUACCUGUCCGGAUAAAAUAAAUUCAAUCGAGAAGAGAUUUGGUGUAAACAUCAAAACUCAAUCCAGUACCCUUACCGGUGUGACCUGUAUAUACUUCACUUGCAGUCAAUCAGGUGAUCUAGAAGGAGCACGAGAGUCUUUUGUCAGCGAGUUUCAGAAGAAAACAGCAUCUCUGAAGCAUGAAUAUGUCCCUUUAGUAGACAGUAAGCAGGCAAGUGAAAUCAAACACAAACUGAGCUGCUGUUUCCCAAAGCUCCUCAUAAAGGAGCACAGAAAGGUGCUAACUCUCCUUGGAACCCUAGAUGACAUCAAAGCUGCCAAACAAAAAAUGUCUGAAGGUUUUGUCAAGCCACCUAUGAAAAUCUUGGCUCACAAUUUCAUGACCAAUGCAGUUGAGGUCGAUACCGCCCGUUAUAAACUUCUAGCUGAAUUACACAAGGAGAUAGCAGAGAUAGAGCAGAAGUACGACACUCACUGUCAGGUUUGGGAGAAAGAUCAGAAAACCCUCAUUCAGUUCAAUCCUAAGGACAAGGCUUUAGAUCUGUCUGUGCACGCUUAUGCAAGCUUCAUCGAUGCACUUCAGCAGGCCUCCUCUCUGCUGAUGAGUGAAGUCCUUCCACUGAAGGAUUUGGGCAAGGACAGAAAACACCUACGUGGGACCAAGUUUGCCAAUGACUUUAGCAAAAAGCAUCCAAAUGUACAUUUUGUUCUGGAUCAAGAGUCAAUAACUUUGACCGGUUUGCCAGAUCACCUUGCACAGGCAAAACAGUUUGUCUUACAAAAACAACGGGUGCCAUUGGCUGGAGAGAAACUGAACAAUGAGCGUGAAACCCUCGUAGACAUUGAUAGUAACGACUCAAAAGCAGCUUCUCCUCUACCCAAGGGCUCUGCAAGUUCUGGAAACUCAGACACAGAUAAGAAGGAAGAAGAUCUGUGUAUCAUCUGCUUGGACACCAUUCGUAACAAACACGUGCUCUCAAAGUGCAAGCAUGAAUUCUGUGACCCCUGUAUCAAGAAAUGCAUGUCAUAUAAGCCAGUCUGUCCUCUGUGCCAGACUUCUUAUGGUAUCCAGAUGGGGAAUCAGCCAGAAGGAACCAUGACCUACUCCGUGAGGGAAGAACCACUUCCAGGUUAUAAAUCCUGUGGCACCAUUGUGAUUAAAUAUUGCAUGAAGGGAGGCAUCCAAACAGCAGAGCAUCCAAACCCAGGAAGGCGCUAUUUUAAAACAGAGAGAAUUGCAUACUUACCUGAUAAUGAGGAAGGAAAAGAGGUUUUGAGACUGCUUCAAGUAGCCUUUAAACACAAGCUAAUUUUCACAGUGGGACACUCUUCAACACAAAACAUCUCAGAUGUCAUUACAUGGAAUGAUAUCCACCACAAAACAUCCCAGUAUGGAGGACCAUCAAAUUACGGCUACCCUGAUCCUGGUUACCUGAGACGCGUUAAGGAAGAGCUGAAAGCUAAAGGAAUUGAAUAAGAAAACCACUGGAAGAAGGUCUUAACCAGGCUUUCUGAAGAUAUGUUUUAGGGGUUAUGGCCAAUCAACAUCCUUCCUUUUUAAAACUUCAUCUCAAGAAGUAAUUUGUAUAAGAAUAAAAAUCUGAGGGAGGGCAGAGGUAAGGGGAAAAAAAUGAGAAUCAAGACUUGCCAUGUAAAGGUACAUGAUC